CAUCUCGUUCUUUACAUUCCUUGCAAAAGCAUAAAACGAUAGAUAAUAAAAUGAGCUUCCAAAUAUUUCAAACGUUUGUUUGAUAAACAUUGAAGAAGCCGUGGUAGUGUAGGAUCGAGGAUUGCGUUGAGCGAGCAAUGGAGUGAAAAAUCGACGAUGACAACGAAAGAGGUGGAACUGACGGGCGGCGCGCCUUGGGGCUUCCGUAUGCACGGCGGCGCGGAUCACAACCAGCCGCUCAGGAUAUCGAGGAGUUAUAGCUAUCCCGAACGUGCACUCAAUGUGAACCCUGGUCGUAAGGCAUCGCUGAGCGGUAUCAGAGAAGGUGAUGUGAUAUCCUCUAUCAAUGGCCAGCCGACAAGAACCAUGAGCAACGCCGACGCCCACGCCAUGCUGCGCUCCGCUGGCCCCGUGCUGAGGCUCGGCUUGAAUGAAGACAAGGAGAUGUCGCCUCGAAGAAGGUCUAUUGGUAGAGCCAGUGAUUUGAAGAGAUCAUCGCACCUACUGUCGGAAAUAAACAACGACGUAGCGAUACCGCAAGCUCCAGUCUACGCGACCAUACGGCCAGCCAAGACGUCGCAGUAUCGACCACCGCUGCAGCAACCAUCAUCACUAAGCUCUUUACCAGCCUCGUUAAACUCUACUGAUCUUAAAUCAGUGAUGCCUAAAGAAGAACCAAUACAGUUCCAUCCGACGAAUCCUUUUUAUACAACAUUACCGUCAAAUUAUUCCAAUGCUUCCAAACUGCCAGUUCCGAAUGGAAGAGCCUCGCUUUCAGGCCUAGAUAGAAGUAGAUCACAAAAUAAAUUUAAAGAUAAUUUAAUAAAAAACGAGCACGAGUCGGAUCUCAGAUCACCUUCCUAUUUCUCUUUAAUGAACGACUCUGGCCCUCAUAGUACUAUAUUUUCAAAUAAUAAUGACACAGGAAAUACGAACGGAUAUAACUCGGAGACAUUAAAAUUACCUCGAAGCAAUAAAGAUAGUCCCUUCGUACGUGAUAGUAAUUUAAAGAUUCACGAACCGUCUAGUGAAAUAAAAUUGAAUGAAAAAAAUCCAUUCAAAAUGAAAAGAAACAGUGAUCCGUUUGAUAAAUUUCUCCGUAGCAAUGGUAAGAACGAUGAAGAUUUUAAACAUGAAAACAGCACAAUACCUAUUUCAAUAAGUGACAGUGAUCUUCACAAGAAUGAACAAGAAAUGAAUCACAUAUCUGUAACUGAACACAAAGUGAGCGAAACAGAAGAAAUUAAGACUAUAAAGAAGAUUAUAAUGAAUGGAUCUACUGACAAUGAUAGUCGAAAUGAUCAUGGUACUAAGUUUGAAAGCUUAACAUUGGAUAGUAAAAGAAUAAAUAAUAAAAUAAACGAGGAUGACUCACCGGCAACAGAGCAUUAUAUUAAAGUACAAUAUUCACCGCAAAACGAACAUUUGAACGGCAAAUCGACUAUAAAUUCAAACAAUUAUGAAGCCUCUUACGACAAGUACAGGAACGAUUUCACCAUUUCUGCAGAAAACCAACCGCAACAGAAACAUGGGAACAUUAUUCCAUCUGGCCUAGAUCGACCUGCCGCGGAAUUUCAGCUGGUGCGGACGAAGAAAACUAUGUCCCUCUCACUGGUGCGGAACGAUUUUCUCAUAAAAAAUCACGGCAGGCCUUUAUCGGCCUACCACGCACUGACGGUGAAAAAUAUCAACUCGGUGCGGCAGGGGUCUAUCGCGGCCCGCCGUCCCAACAGGCGGUUGGCGACCCGAUACCGCACGGAGCGCCCCGCUUCGCUAGUUAGUGUUGAGCCAUCUCACUGA